CAAAUGGGUAUAAACGCAAUAAAAAACGCGAGAAUAUGUGAUAGUUUGUUUUAAAUAAAGACGUAUACUGGCCUUAAAAAUGUUGCAUGUAAUUUAACGCGAGAAGGAAUAUCUUGUGAUACACGGCUUCAAUCUACUGGUGCACAGUCUUGAACAGCGAAUAGAGCCAUGUCGAAACCAGGCCAGCUUCCGUCGUUUGACGGUUACCAGGAGAGGUUCUUGUAAGCCAAAUAGUGCUUCUUUUGUAUUCCGGUAGUGAAGAGAGUCUGUCCUUAGUUGGGAAGUUGCUGGAGCUGCUUGUCAACAUCUUUUACCACUGCUGCGUUCGCAUUGACAAUUCGUAUGCGGACCUCAGUGGUAAUAGUGCCAUCCUUGGACAGGGUUGCUCCCAAGUAUUUGAAGGUGACCAUUUCGCCUAGCUUCUCGCCGUUCAUGGUUAGUUCGGCACAGGUGUUGUUCGUGCUGCUCCAAAUGAUCAUCAACUUAUCAAUGACGACCUACAUCCCAUAAGCUUCUGCUCUUUCAGAACGUCUGAUGGUGAGGCCAUUGAUGCCACUUUUAUCAGCGAACCUCAAGCGAUACCAAGCAGAAACCAGGCAAUCAUCAUGCUUUUAGUGGAGUACCCGACGUCAUUUAUCGUCAUCGGAAAGCGCCCGCCGUCGUCGGUGCGAACUCCUUCUCGGGGUUCCAACCACAGUGAAAAUGCGCGGUCAGCAUUAGCAAAACAUAGGCGGCAGAUGACGCGCUCCGCCCCACCGGAGCGCACGCACGCGCACACAAAGCACGCUUACAAUGCCGGUGAACGACAUAGCACCACCGCACGUGCACAUAGGAUCAAGUCGGCCAAAUAUUCUAAUAACAGCGCCAAUGCCAUCAGCGUCGAGGACAUCUACAAGUCUGCCGAACGGGAGCGCCUCCACUACAGCGUCGCCAGCAGACGACAAAACCUCGCGCAUGCGCAGAGUAAGACGCAGUUCUUCCGGCACGAGAACAAUACUGCGAGUCCCCGUCCGCACACAAGCGGGAGCCGCCACAUGCCGUCGCCGCGGAAACGCGACACGAACACGCCCAUGAGCGCCUGGAGCGAGCCGGUCAUGUCCCGACCUAGCUCCAUAAUACCGCACCCUGAACUCCGUGACCUGCUAGAGAACGACGACGCCGACGCCGACACCGAGGACACCUUCACGAUGUCUCACCACACUCCUCUGACCGUCACCUUCUCGCCGGUGGGGAGGGACUGCUGCGAAAUCAUAGGGCCACAACUCUGCUACGAGUGCCGUAAGAAUCGAAUAAGGGAGGUAAGCCGCCAGAGGUCGGACGUCUUCUUUCCAAUGCUCGAGCCCACCGAGGAAAACCUUACGACAGCGGCGAUUGUACGCAAAUACCUGCCGGGGAUGUCCGAAGCCGAGAUAGAAACGAAACUUGCAAGAGGCGAGAUAGCGAGACCGUCCAUGUUUCGAAAGCAGGCCAAACAAAUAGAAUUCUCAGACGAAGAAAGUGAACCGAAGCCCAAGAUCACCAAUAAAAAGGUUACCAUCGUGGAACAUGGCAAAGACAGAACGGACGGGCAAACAAACAAUUUUAAAAAGAAAGUGAACGAGUUAUUUUUUACGAAUAUUCGAGAUCUUAACUAUAAAAUAGUCCGAGGCGACGUUGCAAGAAACGUUGGCUUUUCCGAAGCCGCCCGGGCAAUUAUUAAACCAAAAGAUAAACAAGAGGGAAAAUCUAUAUACCCUGCGUUCGUUAGCCCAAGGAAAGUGACCAUGGUCCAGAAGACGCAUUACAAAACCUACUUCGAACCUCCUCUCAUUGCGAAGGAUAAACAAUCUGUGGAACCAGCCUUUUUUGCGGGUUCGGCUGGUGAGUACAAACUUCCGGACAAGCUUCCAGAUGAGCUAGUAUUUGUAGACAAAGAAGGGAAUGAGGUUAAAGCAAGCAGCUCGAGUGGUUUUACAAACAAACAGGCUGCAUCGUCCGAAGGUCCAAUCGUAAAGAAACAUGGUUCUGGAAACGAUUCAAAUGACAUUUCUGAUAAGGUUAGCAACGUCAGCAGCAGUUCUGGACUGACACGUAAAACUGACGACAAGCUCGAAGUGUUGACUGAUUUAAAGGAAGAGGAGGAGGAGGAAGAAGAGCAAGAGGAAGAAGAAGAGAAUCCACGUUUCCUGAGUACCGGUGAAAGUGUAAUGGAAACUGUAGGUGAAAUUCAAGAGGCAAGCGAAGAUUAAUGAAAUAGUAAACAUGUUUGAUUAAUAUUAGGGGUGUUUUAAUUUUCUUAAAUCAGCUUGACAACACGCAGCAAAUGUCCACAGACAGCGUCGAACAAUGUGUUAUUGUGGAAUGAACUUUGUUAGAUUUGCGUGGUUUAAUUUGGUAUGUAUCAAAGUUGUUACAACACACUUCAAUAAUUCGUUUUUUGUUUUACAUUAUUUAUUUUUAUCCAUAUAAGAUAAGUCAAGGUAAUAUGUGUUACGUUUCAUUCUGUGAAAGGUGUAUACAAUUGAAUAAAUGUACGCAUACACGA